CGCGUACUUCAUCAAGCGUCUAUACGUCACACGUGCAAGCGUUAUCACUGUGAGGUCUAUGGUGAGGACUCAUGUGUCCUUCACCUGAUAUUGGGAACUCUAAACAGCAAUAUAUUUGCGCUGUUUGUGAAGUGAUAUUGGUGAACGUUAGCUCUGUUUGGUAACAGACAGUAUCAUGGUGAGCGUCGUGCAGGUUUUCAUGUCUAAGCUGCUUUCCCCACUGUGGCGCAGAGCUCAUGAGGAUGAGGAGGAGCAGGAUCUUCACUCUGAGGGUAUAGCGCAGAUCCAGCAGGUGCGGACGGGGGUCGUGACGCAUCUGUGCGCGGAUUAUGGUCUCAUAGAUCAUGCGGUGUAUUUCACAUCAGAAGUUGUGUUAGGAGGAGUCGUGCUGUGUGUGGGAGACUCGGUUCAGGCCCUGGCCGUCCGGGAAGGAGCUCAUGAACAAUGGAGGGCGCUCAGGGUGGAGCUACAGAAGGACAUGUGGGAGAGUGGAGCACUGGAGGCACUGAAACAGGACUCUGCCAAACCCAGGCCUCUGAUUGGAACAGUGACGUCAUGUGAUCGGGACGGAGGACUUAUAAACCAGACUACGUUUUUCCCACGAUCGGCUCUCUGCGAAGGGUUCGAGCCGAUGAGAGGUGACUGGGUGCUGGCACAGUAUGUGGUCAAUCCUGGAGAAUUUAGCAGUCAGGCUCAAUCUGUUUCUCCACUGCGCUACCGCCGCAUGGACGGGGUCAUUGUGACGUGGACACAAGGCAACAAUGGCGUUGUGGAAGACAGCGUGUUCUUCAGCCUGGACUCUCUGAUGGUGCCGUCGGGCUUCAGACCUGCUCGCGGUGACGUGGUGAAUGUGGUGGUGUUGGAGAGCAGUCAGUCGCUCUACUGCUGGAGAGCUUCUGCAUGACGCCGGUUCAGCACAG